UCCGACAAAACCCGUUCGUUCAGAGACACCUUUGCUGUGGCCCUCAUCUUGCUUGAGUUUUUCUGGGGAAAGUAGACAGAUCGGAUUUACAGUACCAACUAGAAAGUCCAGUUCCACCAACCGAGAUGUCACAGGAUCAUGACAAUAAGAGGCCGGUCCUGGUGUUGCAGAAUGAGCCCAGCUAUGGUCAGCGUCGGCCCUACACCAACGAAGACGAGGCGUGGAAGUCGUUCCUGGAGAACCCCCUGACGGCCGCCACCAAGGCAAUGAUGAGCAUCAACGGGGACGAGGACAGCGCCGCCGCCCUGGGCCUGCUCUACGACUACUACAAGGUGCCCAGAGAGACGAGAACAAUAUCCCAGACCAAGACAGAGUCAAUGGGCUCUGAUGUGGAUCCCAACAAAAGGUCCAUGCACUUGAUGGCCCCCCUGCAGGAAGCUUCCAUGGCAUCAGCAGAGAGCAGGAUCCAGUUCAUGAAGGGCCCCAUCAACAUCCUGCUGCCCAACCAGCUGCCUGGCCAGGACAACAAGAGAGGGGUCCUUAUCCCCUCCCCGGACACCACUGUCACCGUCUCUAUCGCCGCCGUCCCCAACUACCCCAACGUCAAGAUGGAGGUGCCCUCCCAUAGCUUCUCUGUCAUGGUGCCCUACCACCGAGCCGAGAGCGACAGCCACACGGCGGAUUUCGCCAGACAGCUCACACACAGCCAGUUCAGCCCUAGCACCCAGCCUCGUACCCCCGACUCCACCUUCCCAGAGACCUACAAGGAUGGUUCCCAAGAGGUGUUCUCCUUCCCAGGGGAUCUCCAGUUACGCAUGGCCUCCAUCUCGGCAGAGGAAUACAGCGUGUUUGACACCGUGCCGGGGAAUAAUUUUCAGUACACCCUGGAGGCGUCCAAGUCGCUGCGCCAGAAGACAGGUGACGGUACCAUGACGUACCUGAACAAGGGCCAGUUCUACCCCAUCAGCCUCAGGGAGAUGGACAACAGCAAGCAGCUGCACCACCCCAUCAGCCUCAGGGAGAUGGACAACAGCAAGCUGCACCACCCCAUCAGCAAAGUCAGGAGUGUGGUGAUGGUGGUGUUCGGAGAGGAGAAGUGCAGAGACGACCAGCUGAAGCACUGGAAGUACUGGCACUCCAGACAGCAUACAGCCAAACAGAGGUGUCUUGAUAUCGCUGACUACAAGGAGAGCUUCAACACAAUCAGCAACAUUGAGGAGAUCUCCUACAACGCCGUCUCAUUCACCUGGGACAUCAAUGAGGAGGCUAAGAUCUUCAUCUCGGUCAACUGUCUGAGCACAGACUUCUCCUCCCAGAAGGGUGUAAAGGGCCUGCCCCUGAACCUGCAGAUAGACACCUACAGCUACAACAACCGCAGCAACAAGCCCAUCCACCGGGCCUUCUGCCAGAUCAAGGUGUUUUGUGACAAGGGAGCUGAGAGGAAAAUCAGAGACGAGGAGAAGAAACAGUCCCGUAGGAAGGGCAAGUGCACCGACCUCAACACCAGUCUGGGUUCAUAUGUGGACGUUAAAGUCCCUCUCCUUCAGAAGCAUAAUGAUGUCACAACCUUUAAGAUGAUGAUUGACUUUGAGACCCAGCCGGUUCUCUUUAUCCCUGACAUCCACUUCUCCAUCGUCCAGCGCCAUCCCUUCUCACAAGAAGAUGGAGAGGAAAGUUCGGGCAUGAAGAGAUCGCUCUACGCCCAGGAUGAGUUUGGUUCACCUUCCAAUAAGCUGGCUAGAAUGGACAAGCCCAAGAAAGUUCUGCUGUACGUGCGUAGGGAGACAGAGGAGGUGUUUGACGCGGUCAUGCUGAAGAACCCAACAAUGAAAGGCCUGGUGGAAGCAUUAUCAGAGAAGUACAACGUGCCGCUCGAGAAAGUGGGGAAAGUCUACAAGAAAUGCAAGAAAGGGAUUCUAGUCAACAUGGAUGACAACAUCAUCAAGCACUAUUCCAACGAAGACACCUUCCAGAUCUCUAUGGAGGAGCUAGGGGGCGUUUUUAAACUCACCCUGACUGAAAUCUGAUUGGCCCAAAAGGAGGGGUGGGGAGUGAUUGACACUAUCACCGCCCAGUCCACAAAGAGUGUGGACAUAGGGCAGCUUGUAAAGUUGUUGUAAAUGACUCUUAGUUUACACAUACACAUGGCAUUGGCCCAGGCACCGAACAUGGAUAGAAUGUCUCAGACAUUAGCCAUAUCUACAGUCCACUAGCCUGGUCCCAGAUUUGUUGUUAGGCAUGCCAAUGAUCAUUGCGGUUUCGAGACAGCAUAGACAGAUCUGGGACCAGGCUUAAACUGUCCACCGGUCUGAGAGACCGUGUUCUUCUUUAUUUGUGAUGUCACUAAUCCAAGUUACAAAGCCACUGCUCUAUUGUCAUGAUGCCAUUGUGUUGAUGGCUUUAUGUAGACUUUUGAUACAUUUAUGAUACUUUUGUAUUUAAGAAUUGAGUCUGACAAGAAGCCCUCAUAGCUAUGUCUUAUAGGUAUGCUAAGGCCAUUUGAGAAUCUUUGUUAUUUGUGUGGCAUGUCUCUCAGUAUCUUUGUGUUGUACAUGGAAUAAGUGAGAGCAUCAGGCUAAUUGCAUUGCUUUUGCCAUUAGCAUCAUAGGAGAGUGAUCUGGAGAUGUAUGCAAUACUUUAGCCUGGUCCUUGAUCUGUUUGGUCUGUGUUGCCAAUUCACGUGGGGAUUGUCAUGUCAAACAAGACAAGACAGUACAAACACAACUGGGACCAGGCUAGCUAUCCUUAUGCCUCAGGUUGCAUUUUAUCUGCCCCUUGGAAAGGGUUGUCACUAGUUGCCACAAAGUCAAAUUGGCUAUAUUGUAAAAAAGAAAACUAAAAUGUAGCUUUUUGGUCUUAAUUUAAGGUUAGGGUUAGGAAUAAGG